AAAAAACAGCAACGGAUCAUGGACGAUCGAAACCAAGUGCUGGAGGAGCUCCAGUGCAUCAUCUGCCACGAGUGUCUGUACAAGGUACACAUAUGUUGGCAGUGUCGGUGUCCUUCUUGUGCUGGUCAUGACGAGGAAUCUCUCCGUGUAUGUCGCUUUAGCCCUUGAGCUUGGGGUGUGGGCAUACGUUCUGUCGCGUGUGCUUAUUGCAGGCAGGUGCAGCUCAAGGCACCAAGUGCACAUGCCCAGUGUGCCGCGAACCGCUCUGUGGAUGCAUGGACUCGCUGAACGUGAACCUGGCGCUGUGGAAUGUCAUACGUAUCAUGUACCCCCAGGGCAAGCCCGAAGCGGACGAAGAGGCUGCGUUCCAAGCGGCCAAGGCCUCGUUCGAGCUACACCAACAGCUCCGCCGCUUGAUGCUUUCAGCAGCAGAAGACAAUGCCCCCGCACUUAACCGUAAUUUCCAUGUGCAUGUCGGGGAGAACCCCGACGACCGACGACGCUACCGCGUUGAAAUCCACCAAGGCGUCAACGGUCAAGAAGAAAUCGAGAUCUUGGAUGACGACGUGCACAGCGCCCUGGAAUCCGACCCGGACGACGACGACGACGAGAACCCGUGGGUGGUGCGCGUGGAAACCCUCGAGGCCGAGGAGCUGCGCAUCCGUCGCAACAUUGUCGUGGACCAGCAGGACGAGAACACGGACGGACACCUCACCAUGCGGAAUGCGUUUGGCAUUGUCGAGUUUCCUAGCAUUUUAGAAGCGUAUGCGGACGACGGCCAGGACUGCCUCGUGGCGCUGCUUCAGCUCGAAGAGGACGAAGAACAGACUGAAGGGUUUCCCGUGUUCAUGGCAGAAAGCGGAGAAGACGACCGGCUGGUGCUGCCCCAGUACUUUGGCGACGUCCGGCUCACAGUGUGCUCCGUGGAGGACCCUCGGGAGCUCGUGCUCUCGCGCACCACCAGCGGCAGCCACGGCAUGAUUGAGUUCAAGAACCUAAGGUUGCACGUGCCAGCAGGGGAGUAUGUGUUUCGAAUCGAAGACGUUGAGCGAGAGGUGUUUAUCGAGAUCAUGGCGCGCAUUGUCGAUGGAGGAGGAGGGGGAGUACGAGGCGUGGCCGGGGGGGUGUUGGAUGCCCGCCAACAGCAGCGAGAGCGGGCGCUCCGUGCCCGGAGGUUCGUCCAGGGCGGCGGCAUGGAUCGACCGCAGCAUCGGACGCUUCACCGAUACAGUCAAGGCGAUUACUCCGAAGACGACAUGAUGUACGAAGGUGAAGAGAACACAUACGACAGCGACGAUUCGUUCCUGGCGUCAGAAGAUGAAAACACGAGCAGCCGAAGGCGGAGGCGACAGUCGGACGAGUUCAACGAUGCAGAAGACCUAAACGACAAUGACCACGUUGGGGACGACGACAGCGGGGGUGACGACAGCGGGGGUGAUGACAUUGUAGUCGACGAAGCUGGGGAGGUCGCGGACCGGCACGCCGCACGUCGGGUGGACGGAGACGACGAGCAGAAACAAGAUGAAGACGACGAGGAUCAGGUGGUGGUGGUGCCCGCGUCGUCCAUGAAGCGCCGCCGCCGCCAAGUGGACUCGUCGUCCUCGGAAGAAGAAGAAGAAGACAUGUCGUCCGUGCGUCCACUCCAAGCUCGCAAACGACGGCGAUAUGCAAUAGAAGACGCGAGCGAUGGAGAUGACGAGUAUGACUAAGUGGCUGGGUUCCAAGCUACAGAUGUACAUUUCAUGGUGAUAUGUGGCAAGAUCAAUGACGACACACCGUCCAAAGAAGCAACCAAGUGGAAUUAGCUGCUACAGUAGUUCGUAGCUUGUGAGACUCUCCACUGAUCGAGGCAGUGUGUGCUGUGUGGUUAGUCGAAAGGUCAGUUAAUGCACUUGUCUUGUGCGGCCACCGAAAAUCACUUGGAAAGGCAGCACACACACAAGAUGCAAUGUCGUGGAAUCGAUGCAUGCAAC